UUGAAGCAAGCGGAGAGUGGAAGAGGCUGCUCAUGCAAGAUGAAGGAAAUAGAGACGUUGUGGGAGGAAGUGAGGGCGCUUACAGCCGGAAGCUACACCACUGAAAUCCAACGACUGGAUUCUCCUCCUUCAUCUCUUCAUUUCGUAAGAGACUUCGUCUCCCAAAACAAGCCCUGCAUAAUCUCUAAUGCCACCAUCCACUGGCCUGCGCUUUCCUUAUGGCGCAAUCCGUCUUACCUCUCCUCGCUCCUCGGGAACUCACUCGUCUCCCUCCACCUCACUCCCGACGGCCAUGCUGAUGCUCUCGCUCCCAUCCCCACUGCUCCUCAUUCCUUAUGCUUCGCCUCCGCCCACGUCCAGCAGGUUCCAUUUCCUCGCGCGCUUGACUUUGUCACCUCCUCCGGAAAUGACGAUGGUAAGGCGGUUGCAUAUUUGCAGCAGCAGAACGAUUGCUUCCGGACGGAGUACUCGGAAUUGGCCUCCGAUUGCGACGCCCAUAUCCCGUGGGCUUCCGAUGCCCUUGGAUGCCUGCCGGAGGCGGUGAAUUUGUGGAUUGGGAAUCAUCUGUCAGAAACUUCUUUUCACAAGGACCACUAUGAGAAUCUCUAUGCUGUGGUUUCCGGCGAAAAGCAUUUCCUUCUGCUUCCUCCUACUGACGUCCACCGUCUCUACGUUAGACCAUAUCCUGCCGCACAUUACUCCUAUUCCGAGUGUACAGGAGAGUUUACACUAGAGCUUGAGAAGCCGCUGAGGUACGUGCCUUGGUGCCGCAUUAAUCCAUACCCGAAGCCUGGUAAUGAAGCCCUUGAGAGGUCCAGAUUUCCGCUGUAUUUCAAUGGUCCAAAGCCUUUUGAGUGUACCCUUAAGGCCGGGGAGAUGCUUUACCUGCCAAGCAUGUGGUUCCAUCACGUUAGGCAGAGUUCAGGUGACAGCGGUUGCACGAUUGCUGUAAACUACUUGCAUCUGGCAGGGUACGACAUGCAGUUUGAUAUCAAAUACGCUUACUUCAACUUUUUACAAUCACUUCCUUACCAGUCAUCCUACAAUCCGACAUUGAUGGAAAGCGAGUCUAAGGAUUUGGUAUCUGAUGCAUCUGCCCGUGGUCUAAAAGACGAAUUGCGUGCUGAUGAAUCUGCAGUGAAGGAAGAUGAGUAAGUGCUGAUCUCUCAGUGAGUAUAAUCAGAUUAUUUCUGGAGGACUUUAGAUCGAAGAAGUAGAGAAAUCUUAAAUUAAGUGGCACCAUCUGAGGUUUAUUCGGUCAAAACACAGAACAAAAUUUUGAUCAACUCAAUAAGAUAUUUGUAGUUUGUGACAUGAGAAGGAAGAAAGCAUAAACAGCAUGUGUCAAAGAUUUCAAAUUUAGGAUUAGAUUGAUUUUGGGAUUCAAGGAAUUGCCUGCAAUCCACAGCAA